UUCCAUCUACAGAAAAAUCUUAAUUAACACUGGCAUUGUUUGUUGAGAAUAGAAAUAAGCAGCUCUAUUAAGACAUUAAUAGGGCUGCCGGAUUGAAGAACGACUAUUUAUAUCAUUGUUAAAUACUGCCGUAAAUUAUGGACAUCAUGGCCAAUGCUGUUGAUUUUCAGACACAGUUAACAUCCAUAAUGGAAAUGUUGGCGAAGACCGCUAUUGUAGAAAUAGGCAAACUCUUCGAGGAUAAUUCAUUGAUGCUGCGUUCAGAGAUAUCAAGAUGUACAAACCAAAUUGAAUCUCUGCGACAGAAAUGUCAUUUUCUGGAAAGUGAACUUCAAACAGCCCGGAAAACCGCUGGAAAGAUGAACGGGACAGAUGCUGCAUUGAGCCACUCAGGACUGACAGACACUGCACAUCGUCCCGCAAUUGACAAUGUCUUCGGUAAGGAAUGGUGCCUGAAUCUAUGGAAACAUGAGGAGUCAAAUGUUGGUCAACAAGAAGACCAACAUCUCAGCUCUGCAGUCCUUAUAGCGGAGCCAGUAAAUUUGCUGGAUGAAGAACCAGACAUGGUCAUGAUCAAGGAGGAAACAUCUGAGGAUUCCUCUUCAGAUAAAACAGAGGAUGAUCAGAAUAAGAGUUUGAGAGGUGCAGUCCAAGAGGAAAUUAAAAGAAUUCUCCCAGAAUUGGACUUAAAAACACUUCAGAAUAUGAUCAAUCAUCUUACUUUUGUGGUUGGUGUUGAGAAGAUAGAAGACCUUUGCCUAGUAGAGGUCACAGAUCUGCAGGACUUUUUGGAACCCAUACAAUGUCGAAAACUAGUAAAAACAUUCAAACAAAGAGACUUUUUCCAAGAAUUCAAUGGACAAGAGGAUGAAACAACUAAUGAGAUCACACUUACUCCAAUAUCAUCAACUGAAUCCCUUCCUGAACAGCCUUUAAUUUCUUACUAUCCUGCAAAUUCUGAUUGGGUCAGAAGUUUCCAGGUUCCUUGGGACCGCAUGCCUGCGGCUCUUGUUCAGGCAACGUCAAAUGGGGAGAGGGCACGGCCUGGCCCAAGAAGAGAGUUUGUUAGGAUUGUUGUGGCAGCCAUGCAAGUCCUUUGCCCAAACCCAAACUUAGCUGCCUGUGGAGAAGUGGCACGACACAUUGUGUCUACGUAUCCCCAAACAUUUGGAGACAUUUCUGAGGAAGGGGAACAGCUUGGAAAUGGCUUUAGUUGCCUUCAAAGACAACUAAAAACUAGGGUAGAACACGUGAAUAGAGACAUUUUGGAACACAGGAUUCGUCGACCAAGAAGACCAACAAUAAAGAGAUCUGGACAUCAGGACAGUAACACAAUGAAAAAAGUCAGAUGUAAAGUGGACAGUUACGGAUGCAUUAAUUGGCAACCUUCCUCCAUUCCAGAUGGAGAGACACCACAUUCUCUUGAAAUGAAGAGAAAGGUUGCGGCAGAGAUUUUUCAGUCUGCUGGUCCAAGGGCUGCAGAGUUGCCAAACGUCGACGACUUAAUGCAGCAGACUUACGUUUACCAGCGCCAUAUGAUCAACUCAUGUCCCCCUCCUACAAUCAGUGAAAUAGAAGUACAUUGGCCAUUCCUGUUCACCGAAAGAGGUCUCUGCAGGCACUUCAAAACCCUGACUGGCAUUGACAUUAGAAGUCGCUUCAGCGAAACCUUUAUAACCAAGGCCAAGAGAAUUUUAAACUACUUCCAUAGUCAGAAACUGAAGUGGAACGGAGAGGUCCAGAGUCUCCUCAACGAGAUAGAUGAUGACACCGCUGCUCCAAAUAAUAACAAGACUGCCAUAUCGGCCAUCUUGUUAAUGAUGAACUACUUCAAGGAAAAGGAUAAUGCUUUGUUCAUCUUAGCAGAUGAAACUUCCACCAAGAUGUCCAUCGAAAAUGAACUGACCUUACCGGCAACUCCAAGGCUCAUCAUGCUUGGUGAUACAUUACUGACUUCAUCCAAGUGGUUUAUCAGCAUUGAGGGCAGAGUAACACAUUCAAUAGACAACCAGAUGGACUUUACAGCCGCAUUGUCUGUGUUCUUUGGGUGCUUCUAUGUUUUUAAUAUAGAGUAUGAGGAGUCAGCCAGUUCUACCCUAGAGCUCAUUCAGAGAUUCUUUGUAAGGAUUAAUCCUGAGGGGACGAAGUGUACCUCAAAAUCAGGUACAAGCCGAAGGACAGGCUCAGCUGUACAAAGGAAAUCUCAGAACUUCAAUCCUCGUGUGGCUACAUUUCUGCAGAGGCUUUCUGAAUUUGAAUGGAAAACAUCAAAUUAACCCUGCAUUGACCACUGAUGGAGUACUGCUAGUACUGCCACAAUGGACUACUACCAUGAUUUAUUUUUUCUUCCACAUUGUCACCUUGCAUUUUUCCUUGUUACAUGUACUGUUCUACUGGAAUGUUGCUGGAAUGUUUAUAUCAUAAUUAUUAUUAAGUUCAAGUCAUCCAUGCAACAAUAAAAAAUUAAUAAUC